AGACCGGUUUGAGCACGCCGCGAUGCUUUUUGUGCAGUAGGUCGAGCAGCCUGUGAUCUUUAUAAACAACUUGUUGUGGCAGGUUGUUUAGAAAAGUACGUUUCUGCAAGUAGAAUGAUAUCCAAAUGCAAAAUUUCAAAAUGUAAACAAUGCAACAGGAUGUGCCUCGUGAAGGAUAAACUUAUUUCGAAUGUGAAUCAUCGAGCUUCCACGUGUUGGGGAAUGUCUGAGUGACCGUCUUGAAUCUUUCGGCUGAUUUUUCGAUUUUUUUUUGAAGCAGUGUUUCCAUUCUGCAAAAGUGCAAUUUCUAGUCAAAGUGUUCUAUUCAGUUGCCAAAUCACACUCCGUGCCAAUAGAGAUAAGUUUUAUUUUGUUUGUGAAAGUUUUAUGAAAAUCUUGAAAAGUUGUUUUGCAAAAGGAGAUUAAGGGCUUUAAAGCUUCGUAACUGAUGUUUAAUCGCAAAAAUAUAGACUUAUCUGCCAAAUUAAGCCUAUAAAGUGUUUACUUUUAGUGCAGUUUUUAAAUUAUGUAACCUGUGUUGAUUGACAAGUACAGUUAUACCGGAAAAUAAAUAGUGUUUUAUAUUUUUAUUUCGAGCUCAACCACAAUACUAAAAUUCGAAUUUGAAAAAAAAAAAAAAAAACAUCGUAUGACUUAUAAAUUGAUCAAGUUUUGCCUUCAAAUCUUUUAGUGAUGCUGCAAGAAAAAGUGUGCCGGAAGAAUUAAUGACAACCAAUUGAGUAGGAAGUGCCGUCAAGUAUCGUAAAUUGAUAUUUUUUUUCCUUGUCUCAAAGGCGGUAAACUUAUUGAGGAAAAAUAAAGCUUUUGAUUACUUGUUGAUUGAAUGCCUGUAAAUAGAAAAUCAAGUUUUCAGUUGGUUCAAGUUUUGGCUGGUGCAUCACUAGUAUUUUAAUUCAUCGAUUGCUUGAAUUAUAUCUGCACAAAACAUUUAAAGCUUAAGCUAAUGAAAUUUGUAGAGCGACUGUGAUAUGCUAAAAUUUUAUCUUUGAAAUUGUUAUCUAUGUGUCAAGAAAUAUAAGAUUUAACAGUUGCUGCGUUUCGAGAACAAACAUUUUUGGUGUUGUUUCUGAUUACAAAGUUUCCAGUAAGCAGAAAUUCCGUUCUUGAAUUUUCUCUUAUCUUUGUUGUUCUAACGGGGGAGUUAGUUUGAGAAAGGGAAAGGAACUUAGUCGACAUUAUCGAUAGUAUUUUUCCGGCCAUCUGGUUGCUGCUGAUCGACUUCUGUUAUUCUUAGCUUGUGUUUCGUAUUUGGAAGUACACUGUCAGAAGUCCUAGACUCAUUGGAUAGAAAUGUCGUUUUGUGUCAUGAAUUUGGAAAUUAAUUGCUAGCUUUCUUAUUCACUAACAUGGGAAAUAAUGCCACUACCGUUUCCCUGCAAGAAAGUGCCGAAAAUGGGCAACCGAAGAAACAUCACAAGAAAAAGACCAAGUGCGACCUCCUCACGCAUGGUUCUCUCGAUCAGCAGAAAAAGAAAGGGGCCAAAAAAACGGGUAUGAUUCCGGAGCCAGAUUACUGCGAGUCGACGGAGGGCGAAGGAGGUCAAGGCCGGGGCACGAAUGGCGUUCGAUUCUCUGAGGAUGGCCUCGUCAUUCCCAAGAAACCCCAAAACCCCUGCCUCGAAUCCUCAGAGAGGCAGAACCUUCACAGAGAGCUUCUAUUUAACCAGAAGAUUGGAAAGAGUGUCAUAGGGCAAAAAACAGAGCUUCAUAAGGCAUUUGACAAAUUUCGUGAAGAUCAGAAGAAAAAAGAACUAGAGGAGGAAAAAAUACAGAAAAAAACUGCCUUUGAGAAGAAAUUGGAAGAGCAAGCUAAUAAACUAAAGCAGCAGGAAGAGUUGGAGACAAAGAAACUGGAAACACCAGAUCAACCAGAAUUCUUACGUGUUCAUGCAAGAGUAUGUGCACAAGCAGUAGAUUCCAAGUCAUAGCAGGACAUCACUCUUCAUGUUAAUUAUUGUAAAUAGUUGUCUAUUGAUAAUUAUGAACAUUUAGAUACAGUCAUAGACUGAUCAUGGCUUUAAUUUCAUUUCAAGAUGUAUAUGGGUAUGUAUUUAAAUCCAUUUUUCUCUCACGGAAUCCACUUUUAAUAUCUUAUGAUGAUAAAUGGUAAAACAUUCAGUUGCAUAUUACCCAUUAAAAUAUUGUGAAUAAAGUAGAGGAGUACUUUUUUAAUAAAUACUUCUCCACUUAAAUCACAUAUCUUAGAACAGAAAUAUUUUUUCAGUUCAUUUUUCUCUAUGCGAUUUUUUACGCUAAAAAGUUAUUGGUUGAAGUUAAAAAGAAAUGUAAAAUUAUGAAGCAGUUUCAGGGUUUAGUGGUUUCUUGCGUGACAAAAUACAAGAGCUUAAGUUUGCUUAAAGUAUUUAUUUAUGUUUCAUCCUUAUGAGAAAAUGGAUUUAAAUAGUAAUUAUUGUAAAAUGAAUGUAUAGCUUUGAUCAGUAGGAAAACAAAAUUCCAUCCGAAUGUUUGUUGGUACCAAAAAUGCAACUUUGUUUUGUCCAAAAUACUGGCCUUACUUCAACUUGUGUCACAACCUAGAUUUCUUUCCUUUUUUAAUUUUAAAUAUGUUCCACUUCAGUUAUUGUGUUAAAAUUGAUCAUGAAAUUUCGCCAUUCUCCAUUAAUGAUCAUUUGUUUAAGCAAUUGUUUGAUGUAUAUCCUCAAGCUUAUUGAAAAAGCUCAUUAUGAGCUUUAAAAAGUUUUUUAGAAUUUGAAGGUAAUAAAACUUUUGAAAUAAAUAUGCCUAACUAAUGCCUUAAAUAUACUGAAAUACUGAGCUGUAGUAUAUUUCAAAAGAAAGUCAUGUAUUAGUUAAUCUGAAGUCUAGAAGACUUGAUUUUUCUUUUUAUUGCUUUCCUGCCCAAACUCCUCAUGUUUGUUUGUUAAAUGGUUUUCAUGUUUGAACUUUAUUUGAAAAGACGUUAUGCUGUUGAACAUGUGUUCUAAGCCAUUCCAUUCAAAUCAAUGUUAUUUUUUAGUUUACGCCACAUUUAUCCGUGCAGUUAAUGUAAUGUUUAUAAUGGAUGUAAAAUAAGUGUCAAGCAUUAGAUAUUUUUAAACUGUAGGACUGUACUAAUUUUCUUGCCUUAAACUUCACAGUUAAAUGCUAGAAUAGGGUAUGAGAUGCAAUUUUGGCGAAAUAUCGAGCCUAAAACAGGAUUAUUCAAUACAUUACUGUUUGGUUUCAGCUCAGGGCCGUAUUUUAUAAUCUCUGAAAUUUUUCAAAAUCAUUCAAAAAAAAAAAAAAAAUACUUUUUAUCUAUUUUUUUUGGGGGGGGGGGCUGAAAACAUCAUUUGUUAUUAUAAAUUUAUUUUUUCCAAUUUGAAUCGAAAAAUUUAAAUUUUUAUCAUGGAAAAAUAAUACAAACUCAGUACUGUAUCUGCAGUAUUUAUUUUAUUUCUUGCAGUUAUUGUGAGCAUCAUGUCUUACAAAACAAUACAGCGUUUUCCUUCAGAUGUUGAAAACCUCAUGCUAUCAAAAACAUCAAAGUUCUUUAAAUUUAAAAGGAGAACUCUAUUCAUAUUCAACAUUUUUUUUUUUAUUGUCAAAAAAUGACUUAUUCUAUGAUUUUGCUAUUACUUUGAAUGCGCAUAUAGGGUGCCCCCCCCCCCCAAAAAAUGAAAGUUUUGUUUCACACCCUCUCAUAUUUUUCCUUUUAGGUCAAAAUAAUUGUAAAAAAGUUUCAUAUAACUUAAACAACGGCAACACCAUGCCGACUUGUGCUUGAAAGUAAUCCAGUCCUAUGUACUAGGCCGAAUAAAAAAAAAAAAAUUUUAAGGCUAGAAAUUUAAUUUUGAUAAAAUGUUACCCUUGUAGCCCCACAUGUACCACAAAAAUAUUUAUCCAACUUAACAAAUAUUUAGGUGUCCAGCAAGGGGCCUAAAAUUUGAUUUGUUUUUCAAAAAAAAAAAAAUUUCGAUUGGGACACCCUAGCAAGUGUUAUGAGAAGAAGUAUUAUGCAUCUUUUCUUUUAAGUAAGUAAUUCUUCAAAAAAGAGAUCAAUUAUUAAAUAGGGAUACAAGGAAGUUAUUUGUGUACACAUUUAUUUUUCUUUGUUAAAUAGAUACUUCAACUUCAUUUGCUUUAAAUAACUUACUUUAAUAAAACACAAUAGAAUAUAUGAAUGAAAUCAAAUUUAAUUGAUCAUUUAGAUUUCACGUGAAAUGUGUUUGCUGAAACUCGCCCCGAAACAAAAGUCUGGUUGGGGCCCUGCUUGGGGUUACUAUUAUAAAAGAUAUAAGAUAUACAUAUUUCUGUGAAGUCGCCUUACCAUUAACCAAUUUCUCUUGUGAUGCUUUCUCAACAGACAAUCAGUAUGCUUGCAUUUACAUUGCUGUCGUGAAUCAUGGGCAUUUUUUUACAUAACAAGAACUUAAAUCAACCUCAUGGUAUACAUUUUUGAAAUACAUUUAUAAAUGUUGCCUGCCUCUCAUUGUCUUUAUGAAACUACAUUUUGAAAGAAAAAAAAAGAUAUUUUUCAAAUAACAUAAGUAGCAUUGAACAAUGCUUGUACUCCAAUUGUUCCUAAUCAAGACUUGUACUUAGUGAAAUCCUGUAAAAUAAUAUAUGUUCAGUAUUAUUAGAAGUUUUUCUCUGUAAGUGUUAUAUUCAUGACAUACAGUGAAAGCAAUUUCCCACUAUGCCAAGAAAGUGUAUUAUGAUGGAGGUUUAGAUUUUCUUAGAUAAUUUUUCCCUCUCAAAAUAAUGAUAUACAUUUAGAGAAUCUCUUGUGCCUAAGAAUUUUUGACAGUAAAUAAAAACUUGCCCUUUUCUGUUGAAAUACCUGAAAUGCUUAUUUUAAGGUUGUAAAUUGAUUAAAUAAUAAAUGAGGAAUUUUCGGGUAUCUCAGGGAGGGUUAUAAGAGGAAGAAACAAUUUAUGGUUUUUAAAAAAGAUAAAUGAACAAAUAUUUUAAGUAAAACUUCUUUUUAUUGGGGUGGUUUUUUUUUCGUAUGUUUAAGUGGGACUUGAUUUUUAAAUAAGUUCAUAAAAAAGUGAAAAAAGUUUGAAAAGUAAGUGAAGUGUUAUAUUCUACCAUCUUUAACAUAUCAUUGAGUGAAAAUUGUCCUCGAUUCGAAUUAAUUCUUUGAUUCCCUUUCUCUUAUUUUCUCUACUAUAUGAGUUAGUUACAUCAAAAUUCGUAGUUCUUAAUUGCAAUAGUAUUGUUUUCUAAUUUUAGUUCAUAUUUUCUUUCCUCAAAUGAUGGUGCCUUUGAUAGUUUCCUAAAAUAGUGACGGAUUUGAUUUUUCAUUUUCAAAAUGGGGGAGGGGGAAGUUUGUUUUGUUUCUUAACAAAUCUACUCCAACUGUUUCCACAAAUACAAACAUUUAACUUCAAAUAUGUUUAAUUAGGAAGAAAAGGCACAGUAUAUUGAUUUCUUUUGAAAUGUUCAUAAUUGUGAUAAUAUCACAUUUCCAUCCAUUGAAUUCAUUAGUUCUAACAUUUUUUAAAAAACUUUUCCAGCAUGAUAUUAGUUUUAUGUGAAAAUUUUUAGAUGAACAGCCAAUGGACAUUUACUAAAAACUAACAGUGCUGUUUUGUAUAAAAUUACUUUCAUUUUCACCAAAAUCAAAUGUGAUGCAGCAUUUAAAAUACUCAUUUGCACUGUUCAUUCAAUGCUGCUAAUUGUGUAAGAUGUGAACUUAUAAUUAUACCACUGGAUGUAUAUUAGAUUUUAUUCCUCUCAUUCUUUGUAAUGUUUGAUAUUAUUGUAAUAAAAUAUUUUAUUUAAAUGUUUUCAUUUUAGUGAACAAUGAAAGCAAUUCUUUGUCAUUUGUAUUUAGUAAUUUUGUUUUAACAAAAUGUAUAUUUAAAAUGUCUAGUUUGCUGAGGAUGAAUAUUAUAUUUAUGGUACAAUAUUUUCAUGUAAAUGUAUUUUCAUGGAAAAAUUAUUGUUGUGUAAAAUGUAGUGAGAGAAUUGCAAAUUUAGAAAAAUAAAAUUCUCUUAA